CAUGACAUACCAGCGGCGGGAAGGGGGCGCUAUCUUUUCGCGCCACUGAGACAAAGGAGACAAAGAUGGAGGUUACGUCGCCUAGUAUGUUGUCAGACCUUACAGAGCAUUAUUAUGAUCCAGUCUCCCAUUAUGGAUUCCUAAACUGCGCAACCUUAGACGGAAUCUCGACCAGGGGCAGAGACGUUAUAAGUAGCGAAAAGUGACAGAUGACUGUGGUGAAGACAAGAAGCUCAGGCAAGAGGAUGGGAAUACCAGCAGCACAGAUGAGUGGGUCACCCUGAUCAAAAGAUUGCGGCCCUCAGCUGAGAACCUUCCAACUAUCAUGUCAGGCAUGGAGGAAACAUACACCAGUCGCAGAGCCUGGAUUAGCAAGGACUCCCCCACUGCCGCUGAAAUAUUCAGAGAGUACCCACGGUUUUUGGACAUACCAAGUCUGGUGGACUUGGAGUUUGGCAAGCUUACAGGAGGAAAGACGGAUCUCUUUUUACGAAAAUGGGAAGCAAGUAUCAUUCUGAAGCCCCCCCCCCACACCCCACCCCGCGUGUUAACACACCUGCUUCCACCAGUUGGCGCCAGUCGUUGCAGCCUUAAAUCAGCUAUAACGCACCUGGUUGAUUUUGCACUGCCUGGAACAAGUAUUGCAUCGUUUUGCAGUGAUCCUGAAGCAUCAUCCACAACACACCAACCCCAGCUGAUAUGCAUCGGUGAUCUAAAGAGUGCAACCAGGCAGUACAUCAUUGUUGCUAAGAAUGACAAAGUAACCAUUCCUCUGAAUGAAGCCCAGAGGUGUGUUGUGGAUAAGCUUUUCAAGCUGUACUGGGUAUGUAACUUGUCCUAUCCAGCACUGCUUGUCUUCACCUUCUUUGAGUUUGUCUAUGACCUGCCGCUGUCCACCCAAAGGAAAACCAAAGUACUGGAGCUGAUUGCACAGAUUAAAGCAUGCAAGUAAAAUGUUCACCUGUCCAAAAUGUAGAGAGUCUCUGUUCACAAAGGUGAGAAACCUCAUUUGGCAUCUUUGUCAAAUACACUGCUU